CCCUCGCAACAGUAAUCAAAACACGGGUUAGCCAGCUAGUUUAGUAGCAGCUAACAUUUGUUAUUGUCGGCUGAAUUCUAUUAUUAAUUGACUAACUGUUAAAUACAUAAGGGGACGUCAUGCCCAAAAUUAAUACAGACACGCUGUGGGACUUGGCUGCAGCGGAGCUCCGGACUAGAGAGAGCAGAGCUGCUGCUGAUGAUGCUGAGGACGAUUCAGCCGCCCUGUGCGAGAGGACAGUGCUGUUCAUGGGCAGUAAAGCUGGGGGUAAAACAACAAUAUUGCUCAGGUGCCUUGACAGAGAUGAAGCACCCAAACCAACUCUUGCUUUGGAGUACACCUUUGGUAGACGAGCAAAAGGGCAUAAUACGCCAAAAGACAUAGCCCACCUGUGGGAACUGGGAGGGGGCACGUCUUUGUCAGAUCUAGUCCAGAUACCCAUCACUCCUCUAAAUGUCAGCUCUGUGUCUGUCGUGCUGGUUCUGGAUUUGUCUAAGCCCAGUGCUCUGUGGGGCACCAUGGAGAAACUCCUGCAGGCAGCCCUGAACCAGGUGGAAAAAGUGUGUGCCUUACCGCAGAGGCCGGGAGAGUCCAGAACCAGCAAACAGCAAAACCAAAGCAGAGAGCUGCGUGUUCUCCCCAAAGAUCACCCGGACAGAGAGCUCAUCAGCCCCUAUCCCAUGCCUCUCCUUCUCAUCGGUAGUAAGUUUGACAUCUUUCAGGACUUCGAGUCAGAGAAAAGGAAGGUGAUUUGUAAGACCUUGCGUUUCCUGGCACAUUACUAUGGUGCAUCGCUGAUUUUCACUAGCAGUAAAUCAGAGACCAUGAUGUCUAAAGCAAGGAGCUUUGUGAGCCACCUAGCUUUUGGAACAGAGAAAGGGAAGUCCAUGUCUGCAGACCCCAGCAAACCUCUCAUAAUUCCAGCUGGCAUGGACUCUCUCAGUCAGAUAGGAUCCCCUCCAACCAUUGAUGUUGAUAUUGGAACACUGCAUGCUAGAAACCCGCUGGACCUGUGGAAGAAAGUGUUUGAAAGGGUUUUCCCUCCAGAGAGCACUACAGAGCACAAAGAGCUGAAGGAUCCAGCCAAAGACCCUCAGUACAGCGAGCCCCUUAUAGACUCUAUGAGGGCUCAGAAAGAUCAGGAGUUGGAACAAUAUAAGCGAGAGCAGGCAAAGUCUUGGAAAGGCUUAGCUCUGGAGACCUAGAGGCGAAUCCACCAUGGAAACAAACCUUCCAAAAACUCAGACAUAAUGUAUGUCGCUCAUACACUCUAUGUCCAAAAACAUGUCCUGUUCAUCCAACAUGUCUGAAAACAAGAGAAUAAAUAGAUGGUUGCAGCAGUAACAGCCUCUGUUCUUCAGGGAAGGCUUUACACUUAAUGUUAGAACUUAUCUGUGAAGAUUUGAUUGCAUUCAACCACAAGAGCAUUAGUGAGGUCAGGUACUGGUGAUGGAUGAUCAGGUCUAGAUCAACUUCAGUUUGUCCCAAAGAUAUUGAUGGAGCGUCAUCACUCCAGAGAACACACUUCCUCCCAGCACUGCUCCACAUCCCAGUGCAGGAUUUAUACCCCUUUGGCCGACGCUUUGCUUUGGGAAUGGUGACCUUUGGCAUGGGGGCUCGUAUGCAGCUGCUCCAGAGUGUCCCAUUCUAUAAGCAGUGCUUUUCUGUAGAGACUGUACAAGCUGUGUGUGGGACUGAACACCUGUGUCAGCAAUGGGUAACCUUAAAGUAGCUGAAUUCACUAAUUAGAUGGGGUGUCUGGAUACUUUUGGACAUUUUAUUUGUAUUGUAAUUUUAACCCUACUCUCUCUGUUUGAGACUGUUUCUAACACGUGCAGUGCACAGUAUAUCCAUACGCUUUGAGCACGUGUAACAGUUUUAUAUUGUAAAAAGUAAUUUAAUAAUUGUGCAUGCGAAUGUAUCGCUAGUAUUUACACAACAUAUCAAUGUAGUAAUUACUGCAUUAGGUUUUUUACUUUACAUGUAUACAUUUUGUAAGUUAUUUUGAAAUAUUUGCUUGAUUAUAAUAUACAAAAUAAAUGGACAUUUGUUUCGCAUUCCUA